AUGCCAAACUGUUGUGCAACGGUUUCCCCUCUGACUUUUGUGAGGGGCUGCGGAUAUUCGGAGGGGUGUACGGAUGUGGUGGUACUCCGGACGCCGUAUAGCAGAUCGGUGACCAUUAGCAGAUGCUGUAAGUCAGAUCUGUGCACACCGGAGACCCCUACAGCUCUUCCCGAGGCUCCAAAGAAUGAUCUCUCCUGCCCCGGAUGUUUCCAGAUCACCCCCGACUCCUGUGAAGGCUACAUAACAGUCCAAUGCCGGGGCAACGAGGUGCAGUGCUUCUCCUUCAACCAGCUGCAGCUGUAUGACAAUAUCACUCUUGCCAUGGCUGGUUGUGCCACGAAGACGGCCUGUAACCUCAACCUGAAGGACGAUAAGCAGAAGAACCUGUGUACCGGGGGAAUCAUCAGCGGGGCCGGGGGUCUCUACAGCUCUCUGCUCCUCCUCACAGCCGCCCUUCUUAUUACAUCCAUAUAGAGACCUCAGUAUGACCUCUGUAAUAACCUCAGUAUGACCUCAGUAUGACCUCUAUAAUGACCUCAGUAUAAACUCUAUAAUGACCUCAGAAGGACCUCAUAUAAUGACCUCAGUAUGACCUCUAUAAUGACCUCAGAAUGACCUCUAUAAUGACCUCAGAAUGACCUCAGUAUGAACUCUAUAGUGACCUCAGUAUGACCUCUAUAAUUAUCUCAGUAUAAACUCUAUAAUGACAUCAGAAUUACCUCAGUAUCACCUCUAUAAGGACCUCAGUAUGACCUCUAUAAUGACCUCAGCAUGACCUCUAUAAUGACCUAAGAAUGUACUCUAUAAUGACCUCAGUAUGGUCUCUACAAUUACCUCAGAAUGACCUCUAUAAUAACUUCAGUAUGACCUCUAUAAUAACCUUAGAACUACCUCUAUAAUGACCUUAGUAUGACCUCUAUAAUUAUCUCAGUAUGACCUCUAUAAUAACCUCAGAAUGACCUCAUAUAAUGACCCCAGUAUUAACCCUAUAAUAACCUCAGUAUGACCUUACAAUAACCUCACAAUGACCUCUAUAAUGACCUAAGUAUUGCCUCUAUGAUAACCUCAGUAUGAACUCUAUAAUGACCUCAGUAUGAACUCUAUAAUGACCUCAGUAUGACCUCUCUAAUGACCUCUAUAAUGACCUCAGUAUGACCUCUAUAAUAACAUCAGAAUAACCUCUAUAAUGACCUCAGUAUGAACUCUAUAAUGACCUCAGGAUGAACUCUAUAUGACCUCAGUAUGAACCCAUAUAAUGACCUCAGUAUGAACUCAUAUAGUGACCUCAGUAUGAACCCAUAUAGUGACCUCAGUAUGACCUCAUAUAGUGACCUCAGUAUGACCUCAUAUAGUGACCUCAGUAUGACCUCAUAUAGUGACCUUAGUAUGACCUCAUAUGGUGACCUCA